AUGCCUUACACACCUCCCUCUCAGUUGUCUCCGGCAGCUUCGAAACCCUCCAGUCCUUCUGUGAGCCGGUCUCACUCAUACAUCAAAGGACAGUUUCUCACACCCGAGCUGCCGGCGUCAUCCGGCCGACCAAACCUCCCCCGUUCCCAUGGUUCAUCCUCAUACCUAACCAAACAUCGACGGAGUCCUUCCUUGAAUGACGCCAAGCAUGAAGUUGUCCACAAUGGCGAGGCUUACGGCGAGAAUGGGACGUUUGAUCCUCAUGGUAGCCUCCGCAAGUCGCCUCCGCCUGUGACCAAUUCAUUGAUUCCCGCAGGAAUGACCAUCUCCCCUCCCGACUCCUCCCACAACUCGAGCGAUGAUGAGGAACAUCCCGAAAUCCGGGGUCGAUCCAGAGAUUUUGAGUUGGGCGACAAUCUCAAAGAGUUGCAAGCAGCCAUCAGGUCAAUAGAACAAAGAAAAUCUGGCUCACCUACUCGUUCCAACGAGCAAAAGCCGACGGAAGUCACCGUCGAGCAAGUAGAUGGUGCUGCUUCACAUCCUCCCACCAAUGUCUCCCGACCGCCCUUGUCACAGGAAGCACGAAAAAUCUCUCAUUCCAGAUCCUCCACCGACUCCAAUAUCGUUUUCGAACCACCCAAACUCCCAAAUCCUCCUGUCACCUUCGAGCAGGACAGUGACUCGAGCGAUUGUGAUAUCCCUAAUCGCAACCGCCCUGCUAUGGUGCGAAAGAAGUCUGGCGAACUGGUUCGUCCAGCACUUCGACCUUCCUCUCGAAGGCGGCCAUCAAGUAUGCCUGGCACUCCCACAUACUCAAAGGCCGUUCACUUUGAUUCCCACCUCGAACAUGUACGACACUUUUUGCAAGUUGACAGACCCCUUGCCGUCAGUGCAGGGUCAUCACCUGUCGAGACUUACGAAAGUGAAAACGAGUUUCCCUUUGGCUCUGACGAAUCUUCCACACGCUCUCGCUCACCUGCUCAUGAAUGGGAAAUGCGUCUGGCAAACUUCCCCGCCGAAUCAGAUUGGCGGAAAUCCCAGCCUGUUUUUGUAGAACGGGUAUUCCUCUCAUCGGACAACAAGAACCUCAUUGGUACCGUUGCCGUCCAGAAUAUGGCGUUUCAGAAGACGGUUGUUGCCCGGUUCACGCUCGAUUACUGGAAGACAACCUCAGAAGUCGUCGCCGACUAUAACAAUGAUGUGCGUCGUAAGCAUUCCGACAACCUUGAUCGCUUCAACUUUAGCAUCCGGUUAGCAGACCAAGCUCACCUGGAGAACAAAACUCUGUUCUUCUGCAUCAAGUAUACAACAAACGGUCAAGACUUCUGGGACAACAACGGCUCCUUCAAUUACCAGGUUGACUUUGCCAAGAAGGCAAGAGUACAACAGAGCAAGAAUGGCAUGCCUGGUCUUGGAGCACGCCCUCUGAGUGCCUUACCUCGUAGUCGACCUUCUCCACCUACCUCUAAUGGAAGACCAAAGUCGAUGCCAACAUCCUUCGAUGACUUCUCUACCGGCUUUGAUAACUUCGGCUCCUUCGGUCAAUCUGCAGGUUCACUGAUGGGAGAGCCGAGGCUCAAGCUGAGAAGUCCACGAUCAAAGGUUGAGUUACUCCCUGAAACCCCACAACGCCGACAUAAGGCUGGUGGUGGUCAAGCUUUUGGCAACCGAUAUGACUUCAACUCGUCGUUAUCCGCCGCCAAAAGUAAUGCGUACGCUGCGUUGGGUGAACACAGUGGGUUGUCUCCUCGGGCAGAUACAAAGCAGUCUUCCCGCAAGGUUCCCGCGCCAAUUGUCACCAAUGGUGUGACUCCUGCACCCCUCAAGCUCGAGGCUGCAUCCACCAUUCUAAACAACGUGACCUCAUCAUCGGUCCCAGGACUUACCACCACUCUGAAUUCAAAGCCUGCGGCCUUGAUGUCAGAAAAACCGCCACUUACCUCACAGUCCUACCAGGAACUCGUGGACAAGUACUGCUUUUUUGGGACACCCAAGCAAAAUCAGCCUCUCACAAAAACUGCUUUGAGCAUGGUUGAUGGGGCUGCUGAUUAUAUGUCGGCAUCAGACUUGAGCACUGGGGACAGUCCUCAUUCCACUGCUUCAUCCGGGUCCUCAACACCGACACCGCCUCGAAGCUUAUCGCCUACACCUACCUCUCAGGCCCAGAAAUUGUAUGGCUCCUAUAUUGCUCGAUCGUCGUCCCCCAUGGCGAAUGGAAGCUCUUACUUCUCCCCUCGGGCACGGUCUCCGGUGUCAUUCGGAUAUCCUUACCAUUCACCUUCACAACUGAUGUCCGAAUCACCUACCCCCACCGCCAUCCGGGGCUAA